AUGCCCGCAGCUUCGACGCAGUCAGAGACCCAGGACGGCUCCUUAGAAACAGGUACCGCCGCCACCGAGCCCGGCGAUAAACCACCGCCUCACGUCGCCAACCUACCUAGACCCUUGAAUCACGUCGACAGCUCCUCCACCAUCACCAACACCAGCACCGGCAACGGCAACCUCCCUCGCGCCGCCGGCGCGCUGGCCGAGUGCGAUCCCAAGCCCCUCAUGACCAACGCCUACGCCGACCGCAUCCUCUCGGCCGCCGCCCAGCGCGAGCCUCGCCCGUACAACCCGGGCGAGGAGCGCGAGAUCCGCGCCCGCGAGAUGAUGGUCGCCUCGGACAGCGAGACCGAGUCCAACCUCUCCCGGCCCCCCUCUCCGGACCGCCACCGAUACCCCAAGCACCGACUUAGUGGCCUCCAGAGCAAGGAUCAGACCGUCGUCAAGCACGGCCAUGCCCAGGACUCGUCCGGAGGCGGCAGCGGCGCCAUCGUCAGCUCCGACCUCACUUCGAGGCUCGAGCUGGCGAGGGAAAACAGCCCCUUUGACAUACGCGCAUCCAUCGCCGGCAGCGACGGCCGCGCCCUCUCGGCCCAGCAGGAGGCCAUCCUCAACGCCGCCCCCACCAGCGCCGGCACCGGCACCGGCACGGGCACCGCGACGGGAACGGGCACCAGCGCCUCGUCGCCGCCGUCUUCGCACCCGUCGUCGAGGCGCCCCUCGCUCGCCAACGGCCAGCAGCAGCAGUCGUCGUCGGGUGGCGCCGUCAAGCAGUCGUCGCGAGCCUCUUCGCCUCCGCCGCGCGCCAUGUCGCCCUCCAAGGCCCCCGCCUCGACCAAAGUGAGCCACAACACCCUCAACGGGCCCAACGCCUUUAGCCAGGCGGCCGCCGCCGCCUCGGCAGCAGCGCCGGCAACGGCAACGGCACCGGCACCGCCAGCGCCGAAGCGCACGCCCACGUCCGAGGUUCCGCCCCGUGCGUCCGGCGGCGACAGCAAGGACAAGGAAAAGGAAAAGGCCAAGGAGCACAAGGGCAUGCUGCGCCGGAUGCUCUCGAGCGCCACGGGCGGCGGUGGCGACAAGGACCGCCACCCGGCGGAUCGCGACAGCCCGGUCAAGGAGCGGCCGUCGGCGAGGGUGGCCAGCCAGCAGAGCAGCGGCCACAUCUCGCCCGCGCGCUCCCACUCGGCGAGCCGCGAGUCGACGCCGCCCACCAGCCCGCGCAACGAGCUGGGCGAUGCCGGCGGCAUCCUCUCGUUCAAGAACUUUGGCAUCCAGAGCCCGCCGACGAGCCAGCCGCCGAGCCGCAACGUGUCGCUCAAGCGCAAUGAGGCCUCGGGCGGCGGCAGCAAGGACGCGGGCGCGUCGUCGGGCGCCGACGCCAAGACGGCGGGCGGCGACAAGCUGACGGCGGCGGCGCUGCGCGACUGGGACGCCAAGGCCAAGCCCGAACCCUCGCGCAAAAAGUCGGACCGCGGCGGCAAGGACGGCGACGCCAAGUCGACGGCGAGCUCGACGCUGCGCGACAUGAUCAUGGGCAGCGCGCCCAAGCUGUCGCGCCGCGGCUCCAACACCAGCCACGGCAACAAGUCGGACGGCGGCAGCAAAAAGGGCGGCAGCGCCGCGGGCGGCGGCGGCGGCGAGGCGAGCCUGCUGAAAAAGUACGGCGUCUGCGAAAAGGCGGCCAUCGGCAAGGGCGCCACGGCCGUGGUGCGCCUGGCGCACAAGUGGGACCGGUCGACCGAAAAGCUGUACGCCGUCAAGGAGUUCCGCAAGCGGCGCAAGAACGAGUCGGAAAAGGAGUACGUCAAGAAGCUCACGUCCGAGUUUUGCAUCUCGUCGACGCUCCACCACAUCAACAUUGUCGAGACCGUCGACCUGGUGCAGGACGAGAACCGCCACUGGUGCGAGGUCAUGGAGUACUGCCCGGGCGGCGACCUGUACGCCGCCAUCAAGCGCGGCGGCAUGUCGCAGGCCGAGGUCGAGUGCUGCUUCAAGCAGAUCAUCAACGGCAUCAGCUACCUCCACUCGAUGGGCGUGGCCCACCGCGACAUCAAGCCCGAGAACCUGCUGCUCGACGCCUUUGGCCACAUCAAGAUCACCGACUUUGGCGUCAGCGACGUCUUCCGCAUGUGCUGGGAGAAGACGACGCACCACAGCAAGGGCCUCUGCGGCUCCGAGCCCUACAUCGCCCCCGAGCAGUUUGAAAAGAACGAGUACGACGCCCGCCUGGUCGACGUGUGGGCCGCCGCCGUCGUCUUUUACUGCAUGCAGUUCCAGGAGCUGCCGUGGCGCGUCGCCAAGAUGUCGGACCCGACGUUCAAGGAGUUUGUCCACCAGUACGUCGGCAGCUCGUCGCCCUCGCCCCUUUCGAACCUGUCACCACGCGAGUGCAGGCCGCUCCUCAAGCGCAUGCUCUGCCCGGACCCCAAGUCGCGCUGCAUGACCGAGGAUAUCCUCAAGGACCCGUGGUUCAUGUCGGUGCCCCUCUGCGAGGAGGGCAAGGCCAACGACCACGUCCACCAGAUCACGCCCCACAACAACUGA